AUGUCUUCCAAAAAAACCCUUGCUCAUGGCAACCCUGAAACAACCACCGAUGUCGAGCGUUCAUCAGCGGAGAAAAGAUCGGACAAUGCGGUCCUAGACCCUGAAGUGGUCGACUUUGAUGGACCAAACGACCCAGAUAAUCCCAUGAACUGGUCUUUAGGCAAGAAGACAGCUACCAUCGCCAUGGUGACGACAAUGACAUUGCUCUCACCUAUUGGUUCGACUAUUAGCUCCGCUGCUGCAGCCGAUAUCAAGAUGUAUUUUAACGCCGGCAGUGAGACACUCCUGACAUUUGCCACCACGAUCUAUCUGCUAGGUUAUGCUUUCGGCCCUGUCAUGAUCGCCCCUUUGUCUGAAAUGUACGGACGCGCGAUUCUGUAUAAGGUUUGCAUCGUCCUGUUCCUCAUCUUCAGUGUGACAUGCGCCGUGGCCAAUAACCUCUCAGCCCUGAUUGUGUUCCGACUCCUUGCCGGCAUCGCGGGCUCAUGCCCCGUUACACUGGGAACGGGCUCUAUUGCCGAUAUGGUGGCACAGGAGAAGCGCGCGGGAGCCAUGGCUGCCUAUAUUAUCGGUGCCGUGCUUGGACCAUCUAUCGGGCCCAUCGUUGGCGGCUACCUGACACCCACCGCAGGGUGGCGUUGGGCCUUCUGGCUAAUGGCCAUUGCCACCGCGCCAAUCGCUAUAAUGGUUGUGCUCUUCAUGCAGGAGUCAUAUCCUUUCGUAUUGGUCAAACAUAAGACGGAGCGCUUGCGCAAAGAAACGGGUAACAUGAAACUUCGCUCUGCCCUCGAUACCGGCAAAACACCAUCUCAGCUCUUCGCCUUCUCUAUUUUGCGUCCGUUGAAGAUGCUUUUAUUGCCUAUCGUCUUCUCCUUAUCACUAUACGCCGCCAUUGUUUACAGCUACCUGUACCUGUGUUUCACCACCUUUCCACAAGUCUUUGGUGAGCAAUACGGCUUUGGUAGUGGCCCGUCCGGCCUGGCAACGUUAGGGAUAGGUAUUGGUUCCAUCUUUGGCGUUUUCUUCUGCGGUGCCGUAUCGGAUAAACUCUCUGCCUACUUGACUAAGAAACAUGGCGGGAAGACCAAGCCAGAGUACCGCCUCCCUACCAUAGUUAUUGGAGGUAUUUUCGUACCCACAGGGUUAUUCUGGUAUGCCUGGACGUCCGAGAACAAAUUGCACUGGAUCGUACCCAUUAUUGGAACUGGUUUUCUCGGGGGCGGCAUGGUUAUCACAUAUAUGGCCAGCACUUUGUACCUUGUCGACGCAUACACCGUCUAUGCUGCCUCGGUGACUGCUUCGAGCACUAUUUUCCGCUGCCUCUGUGCAACAUUUCUGCCCCUCGCGGGACCUGCCAUGUAUGGCAAGCUGGGGGUUGGUUGGGGGACUUCGUUGCUUGGGUUUAUUGCUGUCGCAUUCAUUCCACUUCCUUUCAUCUUUUACAUAUAUGGACAGCGACUGCGCGAGUCAAAGCGCUUUGGGAUUAAGUUCUGA